AUGGUUAGGCAUAAGAAAGAUAAUCUAGCGAAGCGAAGUAAGCGUGCAUUUCCAGAUGGCCAUCGACGGCUCCCUCCCCGCGACCCAGACAACGAAAACGAUGAUACCCCACGGGUUCCUUUCCACGCCGCUUGUUGGGACUUAGGACAUUGCGACCCCAAGAAAUGUUCCGGGAAGAAACUGAUGCAUUUUGGGAUGAUGCGGGAGCUCCCUAUUGGGCACAAGUUUCCCGGAGUGGUGAUAUCCCCGAAUGCGAAACACACCCUUUCUCCCGCUGACAAGCCUCUGCUUGAACAAUAUGGCGCGGCCGUUGUUGAGUGCUCUUGGGUUCGAGUGAAGGAAGUUCCUUGGUCAAGGAUCGGCGGCAAAUGUGAACGGCUACUCCCCUAUCUAGUAGCUGCGAACCCCGUCAAUUAUGGCCGGCCCUGGCGACUGAAUUGUGUGGAAGCACUUGCGGCAUGCUUUUAUAUUUGUGGCCACGAAGAUUGGGCGACCCAAAUUUUGAAACACUUUAGAUACGGCGGGCCAUUUUUGGAGAUAAAUUCGCAAUUACUUAAACGUUAUGCGGCGUGCGAGACAGAGGAGGAUAUCAAGGCUGCCGAGGAAAAAUGGCUUGAAAAAAUAGAGAGGGAGUACUCGGAAAGUCGGGCAGAUCGUGUGGAGGGCGAUAUUUGGACGACGGGGAAUACAAACCGAACGGGCUUCGCGGAUUCUGAAGAAGAAGAUGAUGAUGAUGAUGACGAUGAGGGAGAUGAAGAGUUGAAAGACAACGAAGAAAACACAUUUGAAGAGCGCGAUCCCUACGCGAUGCCGGAAGACUCAGAUGACGAAGAAGAGAUGGCUGAAAUUCGUCGCAAAGUUCUUAAUUCGAAGCCCUUCCAAAGUCUUAAACAGCCCGAUGCAAAACCACCAGCAACUGUUCAAAAUUCCAUAACGUCGGGAACAGAACGUGGAGGGGAUAUGGAGGAUGAGGAGGACGAGGACGAGGAUGAUGAUGAUGAUGUAGCAUUUGAUAAGGUGAUCAACGCCACAACCACGACUGAUAGAACUGGGAUACUUGCGAGGCAGCGCCAGAGGGAACAGCAAGAGAGGAGCCUCGCUUUCUCACGAGACUCGAACGCCGGGUCAACCGUGCGGUGA